AGGCCCCGCCCCUUCCGCCCCGCCGUUCCUGUGUGCUUCCCUAGAGGCGUCCUGCUCACUCUUGAGUUUUCACGUUUCCUCGCUCUUUUCCGGGACGGAGGGGUUUUCUGUGGCCCCUCUUGAGUUUCGGAUUCUGAUUCUCCUGGAAGUUCCCGGGCCGCUCCGCGCCCCGGUGAGCUUUAGGGGCCGCGACUCUGAGGGCUCACUCCUUUGAUCGCUAGCUCUUAGAAUACUGUACUUUUUCCAUCCCAGCCUUCUCUAGGCAGAUUUUACAUCAAAAGCACGUUUGGUGAUUUCUCGCGGAAAGAAAAUGUGAGGCAUGUUCGCAAUCGACGACCGCAAAGGCGUGUUUUUGUGCUGCACAAAUGCUGAUUAGCACACCUGGACCACCAAGAAAUUGUUGCUAAUAAGGCCUCUGUAGCCAUGGCUAGUUCUGAUGUGAAACCAAAAUCAGUAAGUCGUGCCAAAAAAUGGUCAGAAGAGAUAGAAAAUCUGUACAGAUUUCAACAAGCAGGAUAUCGGGAUGAAAUUGAAUAUAAACAAGUGAAACAAGUGUCUAUGGUAGAUCGUUGGCCAGAGACAGGAUAUGUGAAGAAACUUCAGAGAAGGGACAAUACUUUCUAUUACUACAACAAACAGAGGGAAUGUGAUGACAAGGAAGUCCACAAAGUGAAAAUUUAUGCUUACUAGGCUUUCUCCUUUGUGUCACUUGUCGAUUAUAUUUUAAGGAUUCAUUGUUUCAUUCUAUAUCAUGUAAAUGUUUGUCAUUUUACAAAAUAAUUCCAAAAAUGCAGUCUUAAAUUUAAUGUUUUGUAGCAUGAAAGCCAUGAAACUUAGUACCUACUCCUCAUCUUGUUCUGUUCUAAGAUAUGGCGGCAGAUACAUUAAAGUUGUACCCUUCUUGGUCCUGCUCUUUCUGACCAUUUUAAUUGUGGUAGAAUAACCAUUAAGCGUGAGGCAGUGAUAGCCCCCUUUGAAACUAUUAGUAGCCAGUGGUUAGGCUACUGAUGUAUUUUCAUGUAGCAGAUACUAUGAGUGCACCACGCACAUCUUGCUUCCUGCCUUUUUCUCUUUACUAGAUCCCUUUGAAAUGCCAGAUCUGUGUUCUGUGCCUCAAGGGCUUUCUCCUGCCUUUGGAGUCCGUUGCCUCUUGCUGGGCAGACUAGAAAUGCCAAGGAAUGUUCCCGUGUGAGCAUUCUUCCCCGAGUGACUGAUAGGGAGUAGGUGUAUAAACCCCCAGCAACCUUGCAGCUCAGUAGGAGGAGUCCAAGGUGUGUGUUUGACACUGGCUCCCAGAGCUUCCCCAGUAGGACUUAAGUGCCAGUCACCUGUGGUAGUAUCUGACUAGAUAACAUAUUCUAAUGGGUGCCUCCCAGCCUUGCCACUUCUUCCAUCCACUGCAUGGAUAUCUUUCCCUCUUGAAUAACCUCCUUGCACUUAAAGCCUUGUCCUAGGGUGGGCCUGUGGAUUCUCCUACCCAAGGCAACCUAAAUCCAAUGCUGCCUGAAAUCACUGCAGAAACAGCCUAAGUGUUCAUGAGCAAGGAAGGCAAUAUCAACCUUUAUGCUUAAGAAGUCCCCCCCUCAAAAAUUAGUGAGUUUUGACUGUUUUGAGACUAACGAACUAAAAGAUAUCUUUUCUAUUUUAACGGCUUUUUCACUGAUAAGUUUAUUUGUCAUCAUUUCUAAAUUCUGACCUUUCAAUAGAUUUUUGGAUAGGGGUCCAUACCCAUCCAUUCAUCAAGUCUAGCUCCCAUUUCUCAGAACCACUGUCUUCACUGUGAAACUCCAUUGGUUUUCCCAAUUCAAACUUGUGCCUCUUCAACAAUUUUAUUUUCUGACACACACAUCAUGGAAAGGAUAAGUAGCCUGGCAAGCCUCUUUUAUGCCUUUCCUAAGACUUCCUGGUAUCAUCUUGCCACUUUUCAUCUUGCCAUUUUUUUUUUUGUACCUCUCUGGUUGUGAUUUUUAUCAUCAUCUUCCAGAUUUGGCAGAUGGUCUGGUUCGAAGGUGUCCCUCAAGGUUCAUGUGCUGUGAACUUAUCCCAAAUGCAACAGUGUUGAGAGGUGUGGGGCCUAAUGAGAGGUGAUUAUUGUCAUUGUCAUGAGAGUGGGCUUGUUAUAAAAGCGAGUUCAGUCCCCUCUCACUCUCUUACUUUCAUGCUUUCUCGCCCUCCAUGGGAUGUCACGGCACGCAGGCCCUCACCAGUUGCCAGUGCCAUGCUUUUGGACUUCCCAGCCUCCAGAACCAUGAGCCAAAUAAAUUUCUAUUGUUUAAAAAUUA